AUGUUCAGAAUAUCCAAAAAAGGCAUAGUUAGAUUUGAUCAAGUUCAAGAUGAAGAAACUUACCUGGAAAAUUUAGCAGUGCAAAGGAAUGCCUCUGCUUUCUUUGAAAAAUACGAACGCAGCGAAGUACAGGAAUUGUUAACGACAGCCAUAGUCAGCUGGCUGGCUGCCAAGGAUGAUGUCCGUUCUCAACUGGACAUCCCGUGUGGGCUCAUGAGUCAAAUCAACAAUGUGGGCUUCUCCACAGCCAUCCUCAUGACUCCCGUGGACCCUACUGCCCACUUAGACUACAGGGAAGUCCAUCAGAUCUUAAGAGAGUUGGCUGUUGGAAUUUAUUGCUUAAAUCAAAUCCCUUCCAUCAGUUUAGAAGCAAAUUAUGAUCAGAGUUCUUCGUGUCAGUUGCCUCCAGCUUAUUAUGAUACGAGAAUUGGGCAGAUUUUAAUCCAUAUUGACUAUAUGCUAAAGGCGCUGUGGCAUGGAAUAUACAUGCCAAAGGAGAAACGAGCCAGAUUCUCCGAAUUGUGGCGCACAAUCAUGGACAUUGACCAAGAUGGGAAGCCUCAAACAACUAAAGAUAUAUUUUCUGAGUUUAGUUCAGCAGGUUUGGUUGAUAUCACAAAUGAUCCAGACUUUUAUGGAAUCUAUGAUGAAGACCUGAAUGAAGAUCCAACGUAUGAGCCCAACAGCCCUGAGGAAAAGGCUAUAUUUAUGAAAUAUGUGGAAAAUAUUAUGCUAAAGUUAACAUUCAGUACCACCCAAGUUCAACAACAUGAGAACGUCUUUAUAUUCGAGACAGACUAUUGGCUUACUAAUGCUAUAAAGUACAACCAGGAUUAUCUUGAUAUUUGUACUUACCAGAGGCUACAGCAAAGACUGUAUCUUCAGAAAAAAGUUAUUCAAAAGCACUUUGAGAAAAAAAAAGAAAUCAGAAAAGGGAUGGGCUAUCUGAAGUUAAUAUGUUUUCUGAUCCCGUUUUUACUCAGUCUAAAAAGGAAGAUGAAAGUUCCAUAUUUAAAUAGUCUGCUUCCACCUUUUUCAGAUGACAAAGUCAAGACCGAGAGAGAACUGCCUCCCUUUAUCUAUGGACGAGAUUUUAAGUGCCAGAAUUUUGACUACAAAGAAAAUCAAUAUUUCCAUGUCCACGGAGGAAUUGAAUUUGACAUCAGCACCAGCCCUGUUGAGAAUGCUAUGGAUGAGUUUAAGAAUAAUGUAGAAAAGAUACGGGAGUGUGCUGCUAAUACCUUUGUAGAAGACUCAGGAUACAAAGAAUUUUACUCAGUUCCAGUCAUGGAGUUUUAUGGAAAGAGCUACUACGUCAUCUACUUUGACCUUGAAAUUUUCUACCAGCAACUGUAUAAGACUCAAUGGUGGGGCGCCAUCAAUGAAAUUGUGAACAACCUACGACUGAAAAGGCUCCCGUUGACCGAGGCUCAGUUACACGAGCAGUUUAAGAAAAAGUUUGGCUUCAAAAAAGCCAUGAAGUGCAAGAGUAUCCCCUUUGGUAUGAAGUCAGCCGUGGAAAGAGGCCUGUCUGCCGUUUUCCAUACGUUUAGCCGCAAGACCUCAAGCUCGACACUCAACGUGUCCGAUGAAGCAGGCUAUGCCAUUUUCCACCACGCGGCCCUGCACAACCGGGUCUCUAUCAUCUGUCAGCUGUGCAACGCGAACUUCAAUGUCAACCAGAGGCGUUUUGUCAUGUUCAGUCAAGCAGAGUCCUCCAAAAUGGAUAUGAAAAAGGAAAGAAACGGUCCAACACCCCUGCACCUGGCCGCCCAAGCUUGCUCCCUGGAAACGACCAUCUGUCUGCUGUGCUUCAGAGCUGAUUACUUGCUCACCGAGAAGCGAGGCUGGAUGCCCAUCCACUUCGCUGCCUUCUACGACAACAUCUGCAUCCUCAUUGUGCUCUGCAGGAAGGACCCAAGCUUGCUAGAGGCCGAGGCCACCACUGAGAACCAGUGUACGCCACUGUUACUCGCUGCCACAUCGGGAGCCCUGGACACUAUUCAGUACCUGUUCUCCCUGGGGGCCAACUGGAGGAAAACAGACACUAAAGGAAACAAUAUCAUUCACUUGUCAGUGCUUACCUUCCACACAGAGGUACUCAAGUACAUCAUAGAACUGGAUAUCCCUGAGCUUCCAGUUUGGAAAACUUUGGUAGAGAUGCUGCAGUGUGAAAGCUUCAAGCGAAGGAUGAUGGCCGUCAUGUCUCUAGAAGUGAUCUGCUUAGCCAAAGACCGGUACUGGAAAUGUAUUUUGGAUGCAGGCACCAUUCCUGCCUUAAUCAAUCUAUUAAAAUGUCCCAGAAUAAAACUGCAAUGUAAGACCGUCGGGUUGUUGAGCAAUAUCUCAACCCACGUGAGCGUCGUGCAUGCUUUGGUGGAGGCGGGAGGCAUCCCCGCUUUGAUCAACCUGCUGGCUUCCGAUGAGCCCGAACUGCAUUCUCGCUGCGCUGUCAUCCUGUAUGAUAUUGCGAGGUGUGAAAACAAGGAUGUUAUUGCCAAAUAUAAUGGAAUCCCGGCGCUGGUGAACCUCUUGAGCCUGAACAUAGAAAGCGUGCUGGUGAACGUCAUGAACUGUAUCCGGGUGCUCUGUAUGGGGAACGAAAGCAACCAGAGAGCGAUGAUCGAGCACAAUGGCAUCCAGUACCUCAUCCGCUUCCUGAGCUCUGAUUCCGAUACGCUGAAGGCCGUGUCCUCGGCCACCAUCGCCGAGGUCGGCCGGGACAACAAGGAGGUGCAGGAUGCCAUGGCACUGGAAGGGGCCAUCCCUCCCCUGGUCGCUCUGUUUAAAGGCAAGCAGCUCAGUGUCCAAGUGAAGGGUGCAAUGGCUGUGGAGUCCCUGGCAAACUGCAACCCUCUAAUCCAGAGGGCGUUUCUCGAAAGAAAAUUAACUAAAGAUCUCCUCAAACUACUCAAGGCCUUUCAAUUAGAUGUUAAGGAGCAAGGAGCCAUAGCACUGUGGGCCUUGGCAGGCCAAACCCUGAAGCAGCAGAAGUUUAUGGCGGAACAGAUUGGCUACAACUUCAUAAUAAACAUGCUUCUGUCUCCAUCAGCCAAGAUGCAGUACGUAGGAGGCGAAGCGGUCAUCGCGCUCAGUAAGGACAGCAGGCUGCAUCAAAACCAAAUAUGCGAAGGGAACGGCAUUGCGCCCCUGGUCCGCUUACUGAGAAUCAACAAGAUAGCCGAAGGCACCCUUCUGAGCGUCAUCAGAGCCGUGGGCUCCAUCUGUAUUGGUGUGGCCCACACGAGCAAUCCCUUGAGUCAGCAGUUCGUGGUGGAGGAGAACGCCUUUCCUGUGCUCAUUCAGCUCCUAAGAGGUCACCCUUCGGUUAACAUUAAGGUUGAAGUGGCAUUUUCUUUGGCAUGCAUCGUCCUAGGAAAUGACUUGCUACAGAAAGAGUUACAAGAAAAGGAAGGAUUUCAGUAUUCCGAUGUCCUUUAUCUUCUUCACUCAAAAGACAAGGACAUUUGCCUGAGAGCCGGUUACGCAAUGACUCUUUUCGCCUUCAACAACCGUUUUCAACAGUACUUAAUACUGGAAAAAGGAAUGAUAACUUUAUCCAUUUUUGAGCCUUUCCUUCAGUCCAAAGUUGAAACGGAGAGGGCGAUGGCAGCAUUUCAGAUUGUCGUGUUAGCUAAAGUCAUUAUAGACGUGGACCAUAUCACUUUGACGGCAAGAGGUGUUAAUAUUUUAGUUAACAGUCUGUAUUCAAUCCACAUUCCUACUAUUGUCUUGACAGGGAACUUAAUAGCGACUCUGGCUCAUUCUAGAGCUGGCAUCCCAGACGCUUUUAUGACAGUGGGGGCAAUCCAGCGGCUCUGCUACCACCUGUACUCAGGAAGAGAAGAGGUUCGCACAGCGUGUUCCUGUGCCCUUGGCUACCUAACUUACAAUGCCUACGCGUUCCGCAUCCUGCUGUCUGAGUGCAGGAACAAACCUAACCAAUUCCUGCGCAUAAUGAACAACAUCAGCAGAGACGCCAAGAUUAACCCUGCUUUCCUGAAGGAGUUCCAAAUGCAGCAAAGAGUGGGACUUCCGUCCUUAAGCCUGGAAAAGAAUGGAGGACCAUCUGUAAUUCCUAUCUUUAAGAAAGGGAGAGAGCACCGAAGAAAAGCAAGACCGAAAAUCCAACCAAAGGAUUCUCUGACUUUAAUUCCUCCUGUAACUAAGUUCAUGGGGCUCUUCAGAAAACCCAAGAACACCAAUGUUCACCACAACAUUUUCUCCUUUUCAUCUGGAGUUUCAUCCGAUAUCGUAAAUGUAUCAAGACCAAGAAUAGUGUGUUUGAACAAGCUUAAGCAGCAAGAGCAGAAAGCUAAUCCAGAGCCCACAGAAAGUUAG